AUGGUAUGCGUGGCCAUAGAUAAAGACAAAGGAAGCCAAUAUGCUUUGAAAUGGGCUGUUGAUAAUCUUGUGGGAAAAGGCAAAUAUGUUACAUUGAUUCAUGUCAAACAAAAACAACCUUCCUCUGCUUCAUUGGUGAGCCACAUUGCUCUUGCUGAUGCUAAUGAUAGCAUUCAAAGAUCAUAUAAAGAUGCUGAUGGCCAAUCCAAGGAGUUGUUCCUUCCCUUCCGCUGCUUCUGCACUCGCAAGGAUAUACGAGUUAAUGAAGUCAUGAUUGAGGAUUUGGACAUAGCAAAAGGCAUAUAUGACUAUGUCAGGGCAAACUUCGUUGAGAAUUUGGUGCUUAGUGCUCCAUCAAAGAGUGCAUUUGUUCGAUUCAAGACUACAGACGUCGCUUCCACUGUUUCCAAGGUGGCACCAGAUUUUUGCAAUGUUUAUACCAUCUCAAAAGGAAAACUCUCAUCAGUAAGGGCUGCCUCCUGUCCAGUUCCAAAUCCACCGCCUCGCCAAGGGCAAAAUCAAGGCACGACAAAUCCUGUCCUUUCUGAUGCACGUCUGAUGCAUGGCAGUGGAGUAAGAGGUUUUUCUCAUGAUAAAUCACCGAUUGUCCCACGAACUCUGGCUGAAGAUAUGGACUCAAUCAAGUCACCAUUUACUAGAGGCAAAACUCAGAAUAGGUCAUCUGGAGACUUCUCAUUGCCAGAUAGCGACAUAUCAUUUAUCAGUUCGGGCAGGUCCAGCAUGGAUCACUUGUUCCCUUUACCUGACAUUCAGGACAUGGCAUUUCCCCCUCGUCUUUCAAAUGGCUCUGAAACAGAGAAUACAUCGAAUUUUGGUUCAUCAUUCUCAGGGCCAAGGACACCUGAUACAAGCGGUUCUGGUACAUUUCCAUCCAGAACACACGAAAAUGGCAGCAUAUCAUGGUCGUCAUCAUCCAGCCAGAGUCAGGAGGAUGUAGAAGCUGAGAUGAGAAGGCUCAAGCAAGAGCUCAAGCAGACAAUGGAGAUGUAUAGCACAGCAUGCAAAGAAGCACUCUUAGCAAAACAGAAGGCAUUAGAGCUUCAACGUUGGAAAAUGGAGGAACAGCAGAAGCUAGAAGAGGCACGAUUAGCUGAGGAAGCAGCACUAGCAAUUGCAGAAAAAGAAAAGGCCAAGUGUAAGGUAGCCAUUGAGGCAGCUGAAGCAGCUCAGAGGAUUGCUGAACUGGAAGCACAAAAAAGAAAGAAUGCAGAAAUGAAGGCACUCAGAGAAGAAGAGGAGAGAAAAAGAGUACUGCAUACGCUAGCACAUGGUGAUGUUAGAUACCGGAGAUACACCAUAGAUGAAAUUGAAACAGCAACGGAUCACUUCUCAGAGUCUCGAAAAAUUGGUGAAGGUGGAUAUGGACCAGUCUACAAAUGUAACCUAGAUCAUACACCUGUUGCAAUAAAGGUACUACGUCCUGACGCAUCUCAAGGAAGGGCACAGUUUCAGCAAGAGGUUGAAGUUCUUAGUUGUAUACGACAUCCGAACAUGGUUCUCCUACUAGGAGCAUGCCCAGAGUAUGGUUGCCUCGUGUAUGAGUACAUGCCAAAUGGCAGCUUAGAUGAUCGUCUCUUCCGGCGAGGACAGACCCCAGUGCUUCCUUGGCAAUUAAGGUUCCGAAUAGCAGCAGAGAUUGGCACUUGCCUCCUUUUCCUCCACCAGACAAAGCCAGAACCACUCGUUCACCGGGAUCUAAAACCAGCCAACAUUUUGCUUGAUCGAAACUAUGUAAGCAAGAUCGGUGAUGUUGGUUUAGCAAGGCUUGUCCCUCCUUCUGUAGCUGAUACUGUAACACAAUACCUUAUGACAUCCACAGCCGGAACAUUCUGUUACAUAGAUCCCGAGUACCAGCAAACUGGUAUGCUUGGAAUAAAAUCGGAUAUUUAUUCAUUAGGAGUCAUGCUUCUUCAAAUUAUUACAGCAAAACCUCCCAUGGGUUUGACUCACCAUGUUCAGAGGGCCAUUGAGAAGGGGAAAUUCGCUGAUAUGCUUGACCCAGCUGUUCCAGACUGGCCAGUAGAGGAGGCCCUGAAUUUUGCCAAGUUAGCUCUUAAAUGCACAGAACUAAGGCGUAAAGAUAGACCAGAUCUUCGUACUGUGGUGUUACCUGAACUUGAUAGGUUAUGGACUCUAGCAGAAGAACGAAUGUCAGGCAUCAUUCCUAGUCCAGCAACCCUAGUGAGAGAAACCCCAAAAUGUGCCUCUCAGGUGAGUUAUGAUCAGCCGCAACAAUCUGGACGUGAAAGUCUAACAAAUGGGUCAAGCGCUCCAACCUUUUCAGAUAGAGAUCAAUGA